UUUAAAAAAUAUUUUUUUUCUCCAUUUGAUUUGGUCUUUACUCACCUGCAAAUAUGACAAUAAGAACAGCCCGUCAGGACCGGGGUCAACAUUUUCGGCCCCGUAUGCACUGCUUCAAAAAGCUGGAGGCCAUUGUGGUGGAGAUGCAGGACCAAAAAAGUGGUGUCAAAGGCUCAGAGCAGAAACUCAACGUCUCUACCAUCCCACAUGUCAUCUCUGGUAAGGACGUCAUUGCAUGGAUUGCCAACAAGAUGAAGAGCACUGCAGAAGAGACUCUAGUCUUUGGCACCAUGUUAGUGGCCUAUGGCUACAUCUACCCCCUGCAGAAUCAUAAGAAGCUGGUCAUGUGCAAUGAUGCAAGCCUUUACCGCUUCCAGACCCCAUACUUCUGGCCUGCACAGAAAUGGGUUGCAGAGGACAGUGACUAUGCUAUUUACCUGGCAAAAAGGAACAUCCGCAAGAAAGGCAUGCUGGAACCCUAUGAACAGGCACAUUACAACCACCUCCAUGAAUUGCUGAACCACAAGUGGGAUUUCAUUGUGAUGCAGGCAACAGAGCAGUACAAGGCUGGUAAGGAGAGAAAGAAGCCAGAUCGUGUGGUGUUUGACUGCCAGGAGAGGGCUUACUGGAUAGUGAACAGGCCACCGCGUCGCACUCACAGUGCCAUGGAUGUUGGCCCAGAGCGUCUUAUUGAUCCCAACACAGAUGAGAAAAUCAGCUUUGACCAGUACAGACGCAUGAACAUAUUCUUUCAACAAGCCAUCAUGAGGUCAAAGGUCAAAUCCAGUGUGUCCCUUGGAGCACUGGUCAAGUACAUCACAACUUACAAAAACCAUGACCCAUUCCUGGCACCCUGUUUACCCAGCAACCCCUGGCUAUCAGACAACGACUCGUACUGGAACCUCAAUAUGAGAAGAGUUGAUGCCCCCACUAAGAUGCGAGUAGAGCGCUGGUCCUUUAGCUUUUUUGAGCUCCUGAGCGACCUGAGAGGCCGAGAUGACUUCAAGGUCUUCCUCAAGAAGGAGUUCAGUGGAGAGAACUUGGCUUUUUGGGAGGCAGCUGAAGAACUUAAGUGGGGUACAGCAUCCUCCAUGUCAACAAAAGCAGAGACCAUCUUCAAGACUUUUCUGGCCCCUGGUGCCCCCCGCUGGAUCAACAUCGAUGGCAGGACAAUGGGUCUGACAGUUAAAGGCCUGGACCACCCGCACCGCUACGUGCUGGAAGCAGCCCAGACACACGUGUUCCUGCUCAUGAAGAAGGAUACUUUCUUCCGUUACCUCAAGUCACCAGUGUACAAAGAAAUGCAGAAAAAAGCACUGAACCCCGAGCCUCAUAACUUCAGCCAAUCUCAGCUGGACCAAAAUGCUCAGAACCGAAGUGCAGGCAUCCAUCCCAUCAUCCUCUGGCAGCAGGAGGAGGAAGAAAAGGCCAAAGCUGCUGCUGCCGCUGCUCCCAUCGAUGUCAAGGCCAUGAUGAGCAAAAUAGACAGAAAGAAGUAGAGCUAUACAGUAUGAGACAUGCAACAUGCAAAUGAACCGGCCCUUGAUAAGGGUAUUUCAAUUGUACAGAAGAAUUUGCUUCACUCCUCAGUGACAUGCAAAUAAAUGUGAUUCUGUUUUAGCAAUGUAUCAAAUGUAAAAGAACCUCAAUGUCGAUGUAGGUUAAGUUGAUAAAACCUUGUAGGCAAAGACCCAUGGGACCAAAGUUGGCAAGUGGGCUCUGGCACAGAGCAUUUGUUGUUGGAAAGUAAAUCAAGCCAAGAGAAAAACACAAUAUGAGCAAAGAUAGUCACAAAAAGAUGAAGAACAACCACAAACACAUUAAAAAGAAGAAAUGUCUUUAAAGUGAAAUACUAGCAGAAAGAAACAGAACACAACAAAAACAAGUGUAAAAUAAACAACAAAAAAAUCAUUCAAAACAAAUUGAAGGAGACUACAAAGUGACUUUUGGUGACCAUUAGAAAGGCAGGACGACAGUUUUGGGGAUUUUACUUGCCUGUGAGCAGGGGUUCAUUGUCUCUAAUCUGUACAUCAAAAUGUAUUUAAUUUAAAGUCAUCUCUGAGGAUUAGGUUCAAAGGUAUUGAUGCAGUGAAACAGUAUUUUCAGACAUUCGAUUUGUCAAGUUUUUUUUUCAAUAAAUGACCUUAUAAAUCUCCUGUUAAAUACCUAAACGCCACAAAAUGAGUAUUCAUUAAAUUAGCUGUUUUGUCCAAAGAUAAGCAUGUGGUUUGUCUUUAUUCACUAUUUGUUCGAUGGAACUUACAAUUCUUAGACAUGCAUACAAGUCCAUUCAAUGAAGUUUGGCAAGAGAG